UCUCGCCCCCAACUUUCCUGUUCUCUGUGCCCUAAUCGCCUGCGAUCCGCUUCUCUCGUCCUCAAAUCUUCCUCUUUUAAUAUCUCUUUACAGAUGAUGAUUCUUCGUUUUUGUGAUUUUUCUGCAACUCUUUUCUUCAUGUUAGAUUUCAAACUGGUUUUCUAUGAUUGAUUGAUUGGGUUCAAUAUUUCUCCCCUCUCUAUCUUUCUCUUUGUCGAUUUCGGGGUUCUUGUACACUCGAUUUGUUUCUUUCAUUUAAACGAUUGGGUUUUCGCCCUAUGGAACCGAUGGACAUCGUUGGGAAAUCGAAAGAAGACGUUUCGCUUCCAAAAGCUACUAUGUUCAAGAUCAUUAAGGAAAUGCUACCACCAGAUGUUCGUGUUGCAAGAGAUGCUCAAGAUCUUCUUGUUGAGUGUUGUGUUGAAUUUAUCAACCUCAUUUCUUCAGAGUCUAAUGAAGUAUGUAGUCGAGAAGAAAAGAGAACGAUUGCACCAGAGCAUGUCCUCAAGGCUUUAGAGGUUCUCGGCUUUGGGGAGUACAUUGAGGAAGUUUAUGCUGCAUAUGAGCAACAUAAGCUUGAGACUCUGGACUCACCGAGAGGUGGUAAAUGGGGUGGUGUAGCUGAGAUGACCGAGGAAGAAGCUUUGGCAGAGCAGCAGAGGAUGUUUGCAGAGGCACGUGCUAGAAUGAAUGGUGGGACAACUGCCCCUAAACAAUCUGACUCAGAUCGGAGCCUGGAGAGCUAACUGUAGUCUCUGUUGUUUCCAUGAACCAUUGGCAAGCAUUCUUUUGUUGUCAUACAUGGGUUCUCCUUUAGUAUUGUACAUAAGAACUUGGGGAUGCACCAGCCAUUGUGGACUUCAACUCUGCUCUGUAUCUAGCCAUGGAUCAUGUAAAGGAAAAAAAAUGGGAGACAGCUUAUGUGUUUUCAUACCCAAGGCACAGGGGAGUUGGAGUUUGGUUGGUGUCACUGUAGAUUUGGAUUUUUUUUUUUUUUUCAUAUUCAGUGAUAUCCUAAAACAACAGAUGCAGAAAAAAUCUCACUACAAAGUCCACGGAUUGUCAUUGAGAUAAAUUGCACCUAUUUGGAAGAAUCACUCUGUUUUUAGCUGUGGAUCUUGUAAUCAUUAUCUAAUAUGAUUGUCGCUAA